UUGUUCCAGCCAUGCCCGAUGACCCCCAGCCAACGGUCAUCUCAACCACCAAGACCAAGCCACAUCCCCCCACAAGAGACGAAGAGGAUGACGUCAUCUCGAACGCCAUUGGCGAAUUCGGCAAAUGGCAGCUGCUCCACACUUUCCUCUUGUCACUGUUCAACGUGCCUUGCACGUGGCACAUUUUUGCACCCACCUUCCACGCGGCGGAGAGAGACACGUGGUGUGCCAGGACGCAUGCGUAUAGGGACAUAGCACCUAAGGUAUGGCGCGCCUGCACCCAACCUAAUGGCGACUUCUGCCGAAUGCUGGACGUCGGAAAUGGAACCGACGGCGAUUGGGAGGAUUUCGCAGCAAUGUGCACCAAUGCCACUGGGUUAGCCAUGGUCACGUGUGACACGUGGGAGUUUGGCGGUGAAGGUUCAACGAUUAUAUCCGAAUUUAAUUUGGUCUGUGAUAGAAAAAACUUAAUAAACUUCGCUGAGAUGAUGUUUCUCGGAGGUGUAGCUAUAGGUGGUUUAGUGUGUGGUAUUUUGUCGGACAAGUACGGUAGAAAAAGGACUUUAAUGGCUUCAGUUUUGAUACAAACUAUCUUAGGUUGCGCGAUAGCCUUCAGUCCUUGGUUCCUCGUGUACGCCAUCUUGCGAGCCUUGCUAGGCUUCAUCUCAGUAUCAGUGGUGUUCAGCGGCUUCGUGCUGGCCAUUGAACUUGUUGGAGGUCAUUGGAGGACAGUGGCUGGUAUCUCCUACCUCUUCCCGGUCUCAGUAAGCUAUAUGACCAUCGCUGGAUUAGCAUGGGAACUCAGGGAGUGGAGACAGUUGCAGGCGGCUAUAUCGUUGCCAGGAUUCCUGUUUCUUGGACUGUGGUGGGUGCUUCCAGAAUCUCCAAGAUGGCUUCUGGCCUUAGGCCGCACGACAGAAGUGAUGUCCAUUCUAGAAAGCGCCUGCAAGUUCAACGGGAAGAAACUUCCUCCGAACUUGGACAAGCAGUUGCUUCCAGGAGCAAACGAUGAACCAGUGGAAAACGUGAGCGUCCUGGACCUGUUCAAGACCAUUCAGAUGAGGAAAAGGACUCUGUGCUUGUUUUUGAUCUGGUUCAGUGUUUAUUUAGUGUACUAUGGACUUGUGCUGAAUCUGGGAAAUAUUGGCGGGAACCUUUAUGUUAACUCGGUUCUCCAAGGCGCCGUCGAGAUCCCAGCAGUAGCCAUCAGUAUCUUCAUUCUCCUGAAGGGCGGUCGUCGUUGGCCCUUGUCCCUCACUAUGGUGAUCUCAGGGAUUGCAUGCGCCCUUACAGUGCCAAUCUAUCUGGCCACCGCUGAUAUGCAAUGGGUGGUCACCUCUUUGACCAUGAUCAGCAAAUUCUGCGUCAGCUCUUCCAAUGCCAUCAUGCCAGUAUUCACUGCUGAGUUGUAUCCGACCACCAUAAGGAAUAUUGGCGUUGGGGCGGCCAACGUGUCCGCAGGGAUUGCGUUGAUGUUGGUACCGUACUUGUGGAACUUGUCCACUCUUCAUGCGAGCGUCCCUAUGUCAGUCCUAGCAGUUUUCGGGGUUUUCGGAGGUCUAUCAGUCCUUUUCCUCCCGGAGACUGGUGGAGUGAGGCUUAUAGACACCAUCAAGGAAGAAAAAGAGAUCACGAAGAUCGCUGACAUCGAAACUAACGAAAACAAGAAGAUCAACAAUAAUUGCUGUACAUAGAAUUUGCGUAGGUACUUACUGAGUGAUAACGUAGGUAUACAAGGAACUUGAGCAGUUCUGUGCAAGUGAAAAGUGAAACUUCAAAAUUGAAGGUUAAUUGAGAUGACAAUGGACUAAUUUCUGUGUAUAACUUCUAAGAAGUGUGGACAUUUAGUUGCUUAGCAUAAACGAGAUCGUGUGAAUCUGUAUUUAUAGCUCACUACCAUAAUGGAAGAGAGUGGCAUAACUCGUCGUACGCCAAUGUUAACGCAGGUCUUAACAGUGGCGUAGUCUCUCUUCGAUUCUGGUCAAAUUAUCAUAACAGAAGACAAAUAUAUGUUUUCAUGCCAAAAUAAAACUUAUUUUCAAUCAAUUUUUACACAUACAAAAUUAAAUUGUGGAAUAUAUUUUGUAAAAACUACUUAUAACUUGAACAACUUAACCAGAAUACUCUAAUGAAAAGACUAAAUAAAUGAUAUCUUCAGUGCAUCCGACUCCAGUGCCAUCCUUUUGUUUAUGUUUUAUGCUAAACGAUGAUUCAAACUAUAAUCAGAACAACAGUAGAAUAAGUGUAAUGAGUACAUCGUUUCCCAAGAGUUUGCAACCCACAUGUCAUGUUGACAAGAUAACAGCAACAUGGUCAUUGGGCCAUUCCUCCAUAGAUGGCGCUUGCAGCAAGCAAACUGUCGAGCAGUCUGCGGAUUAUUGGCACAGUUGAUUAAAUGUAUACUUCAUAUGUGCAUACGUAUAUGUUUGGACUAAUAUUUAGUCUGUUAGUAUUCAUGAACAAAUAAAUUAAGGUUAAAGUAAAUGAAAAUGUCAUGUCACCAUUUGACUUAGCAAAAUUGCUGUGAACUUUUAUAGCGCUUCUAAACGGGCAAUGUUUAUUUACCUAUAUUUUUGGCAUUUCGAACCUAUUUUCAGAGUGCCAAAUGUAACCUAAUGCAAGUAAUCCAAUCGUACAAGCCGUUCUAGCCUGAUAUUGUAGUGCUUCCGAGGAGAAAUUCUGACCAGAUGUGUCUACACAUCGCAGACAAUACGCGUAUUGUCAAGACAAUGACUAAUGUAAUUUUAAGAAUUUCAAAAUAUAAAAUUAUCCAAAAUGUUCAGUCCCAAAAUUUCCGAAAUUUACAAAUUUUCCAAAAUUUCCAACGUGCCCAAAAUUUACAAUGUCCAAAAUUUCCAAAAUUUCCCAAAUUUUCAAAAUAUUCAAGAUUUUAAAAAUCUUAGAAAUUUUCAAUAUUUUAAAAAUUUUCAAAAUUUUAUAAAUAUUCAAAAUUCUAAAAAUUUUCAAAAUUUCCAAAAUUUUCUAAUUUUCCAGUAAUUUGAAAAUUUUCAUAAUUUCCGAAAUUUCCUACCAAAAUUUCCAAAAUUUACAAGAUUUCUAAAAUUUUCAGUUUUAAAAAUAUCCGAAAUUCCCAAAAUUUUCGAAAUUUUCAAAAUUUUCAAAAUUUUCUAAAUUUUCAAAAUUUUAUAAAUAUUCAAAAUUUUCAAAAUUUCCAGUAAUUUAAAAAUUUUCACAAUUUCCGAAAUUUCCUACCAAAAUUUCCAAAAUUUACAAGAUUUCUAAAAUUUUCAAAGUUUUAAAAAUAUCCGAAAUUCCCAAAAUUUUCGAAAUUUCUGAAAGUUACAGAAUUUUCAAAAUUUCCGAAAUUUCUCAAAUUUCCAAAAUUUCCAAAAUUUUCAAAUUUUCCAGUAUUUUAGAAAUUUUCAAAAUUCCUGAAAUUUCCUACCAAAAUUUAAAAAAUUUACAAAAUUUCCAAAAUCUCCAAAAUUUACAAAAUUUCCAAGAUUUUCAAAAUUUCCAAAGUUUCUAAAAUUUGCAUAACCUCGAAUAUUUCCAAAAUUUUAUAGCUGCAUUACUCAUUUCUAAAGCAUGAACAAAAACCAAGAGAUCAUAGCACCAGCAUUAAAUCCAUAGAGAACAAAGUUCACUUCAUAUUUAUCGAUACUUUUUCAUUCAAAAUGCUUCAUCAUAUAUUUCAUAUUCUUAUUUGCCGCGAAUGCGUUUUAUGUUACAUAGAGAAUCGACAGACAAUCAUUCACGUCCCGUACUCAAUGUGUACAAACGAGACAGAGAGAUAAAUGCAUACGUUAAAGCGAAAGCGCGAAUUUUAAUCCACAGACUCGUUGUCCUUGGUGUCAGGCACGCUUCGUUCGCGCUCUCUCUCUAACAAACAUGCCUCUCUCUCUCUAUCUCUCUCAUACACAUGAAAUACAAGACCUCAAUGAUUCUCUGCCAAUCGUGUAUAAGCUGUAUGUUGUCCUUGUAAAGUGUAUAAAUUGUGUAGAUAUUAGUUGUCCAUGUACCUAUACUUACAUAUUUAUUUUGUCAUAAAUAGAUAGUUAAGAAGUUAAUGUUAACUGUAGGAUGUUCAGUAUUUUUAUGUAUAAGGCAUCAAUGUCCAGUUAAAAUAAUCUUUACAGUACUUAAUAAUUUUAAAUGUGUACACUAUAACGAAUGUCGAAAUUAUUUGAAUAUUGU